AUGUCAAAGAAACCCGCUUCAAACUCCAACAAUCUAUUGGGCGUUCCUGCAGCUGGAACAAAUGCUCCAAGGAAGAGCUUCGAUUCAACAUCCAACAGCUCACUCGCUGUACCUCCCGCAUAUCAUGACGUGAUAGGACGAAAGUCAUUCGACUCUGUACAAAAGCAUCUGCCUGCAGAUUACAGAAAUGGUGGAGAAAUCGUUGUUGAUAAUGUCGUUUCUUCAGUGACCUGUGAAGCACAUUUGUCGUUGCUCAAUCGCUUCCGUGACCUCGUACACCCAGAUCCCAACAUUGAUCUCGGCUUCCUAUGUCGAUCUGAGAGGAGAUAUAUUAUGUGGCUCGUGCUACUAAAGACUUACAAGCCAGAUCCUGGUAACAUGCCGAUUCCACCUAUAGAUGUUGCUCUGUUUUGGCACGCACACAUGCUAAACCCUGUUCGAUACUAUGAGGACUGCUACCACCUGUUCGGAAUAACACAGAAUGAAUACACUAUGCCCCUACUCGAAAUGUAUACAAUGGACCAAGACUAUACACCAACCAAAGAAUCGGAAGACUUUUGGUCGAAAAGUGGUAUGCCAUACGCUAUAAGACUGGACGACACAUCUCCAUUCGCCGUAAACUGUGCAUUCUGUAGUCACUCCAUCACAGUAAACCCCAUGCAAUACGUCACGUUUUAUCGUGAUGGCGGUAGCUUACAAUGUCCCAGUUGCCAAACACCACAGUCGUUGGAAGUUGUAUCUGCCGAACAGUUCCUGCAAGAGCUUGCAAUGACUGCAUCGGAUCCGUUAAGUGUACCGAUGCGAGGAUCGAUAUUGGAUGAACGUGAUGGAACGAUUAGUGUGGCUAAAGGUGCUAAAGAUAUGGAAGUCUUGUUGAAGGAUUCAUCUGUGCAAAAGCAAGUUGGGCAUUUGCUACAGUUGCGACAGCCUGAUCAUGCACAUGAAGUCGGAUGGCCAGCUAUCAUGACCAUAUUCAAAAGCUUGACCGACACUUUAAGGUCUCAUCGAAAGCUGCGAAAUCUUCGCAAGUCAACGCUACCUAUGGUGAUAAUGGCUCACCGUAACAUUCCCACUCCACUGACAAUCGACUUAGUCGCAGCCGUCCAACGCCAACGCUCAUUCAGUAACAAGGUGGCAGAUGAUGUCGCCUGGCGUAAUGAAGAAAUGAUGUAUCGAGCAUGCUCUCGAUACCAGAAAUUCUUACUAUUGAUGGCCAAAGAACCGACCAAGUUCUUUGUACCAACGUUAGAUAUUGAUUUAGGGUGGCAUACACAUCAGCUACAUCCUAAAAAGUAUCAAAAUUAUGGAUUGCGGUAUUGCCGCAGAAUAAUCAAUCACGAUGAUGCUGUUGAGGAGACCAAGUUGGAUAAUUCGUUUUUGGAUACUGGAUUGCUUUGGGCCAAAUAUUUCAAUGAACCUUAUGCUACUCAGGCAGCACGUCCUAUCAAACCUGGUCAGGUUGCUGCUGGAUUCGUGUUCCCACCAUACGGCAUAUUCAAAAUGAUGCAAAAUUCCAAAAUCAAUAAGGCAUUGGGAAACGAAAAGGGAGGAUGCAAGACACACAAUCCGUCUCUACGAGCAGUAGUUGCAAACCCAGCAAUGGUUGGUCAACAGGGACAACCAAUGACUGUAGUUACGACAACCACUUCUCAACAAACCCGCAAUGGAUAUGGAAUGGUCGCUUGUAUGGGAUCAGUUUACAUGUACCCUUAUGCAUUGAUGGGCCCGCUUUACUGGGGCUAUGCACCAUGGGCAUUUGCCCCGUACUGGGGAUACCCUAUAGGAUUCGGAUGCGGUGCGUUCUAUGGAGGUUAUGGAGGAGCAUAUGGUGGAUGUGGCGCUGGAGGCUAUGGAGGAUGUGGUGGUGCAGGAUGUGGCGGUGGUGGAAUGGCCGGAGGAUGUGGUGGAGCAGGUGGAUCUAAUUGUGGAGGUGGUGGAGGAGGAUGUGGAGGCGGUGGUGGAUGCGGAGGCGGAGGUUGUGGUGGUGGAAAUUAG